AAUUUAAUGCCUCAUAAAUUUUUCAUAUCACAACACACUCAACAUGAGAAAUCCAAGUGCCACCUCAGCCACUGCUGUCAUGUAAAGUGUUGAAUUGUUUACAAACUCUUUUGCUUUCUUUGAUUUUGUUUUCUAACUGUUUAUUACUUUUACAAUUUUUUAUAAAACAGCCAACAUUAUUUGAUUAAAUUGAAAAACUUCACCAAGGGAAUAACUGUGAGUGCCUUUGCGGCAAAACAUAAAUUAAAUAAUCAUGAUCAGUAGAGCAAAGGUCUUUGCCAAUCUUUUUGCCUGCGCUCGAGCUACCAGUAUUAAGCAAACGGUAAUACCUCUCACCUUCUUCAGGACUCGGGCGACACUUGCCUUAAAAUUAAUUAAGCCGAUUGCUCUGUGCUCUGGUUCAUUUGUGGUCCUUGCAGCAACUUCUCCAUCCAAACAAACCCUAUCUUCUAAAGAUUUGAAUCAGAUAACAAAGAAAGCUGAUGCUUUAUUCAAUGAUAACAAGUUUGAAGAUGUUUUAAAACUACUGCGACCCUUCAAAGAGGAUAGAAUAGAAGAUAUAAUAUGGAGAAUAAGCCGAGCUGCAUACACCUUAUCCAAGAGUCAGACCAUUAGCAAAGAGGAGCACGCUACACUUGUCGAAGAAUCAUAUGCAAUGGCUAAACUUACUAUCGAACUUAAUGAAAAUAGUGCUCUGGGUCAUAAAUGGAUGUCUAUUGCAUUAGAUGCGUACAGUAAUCUGCAAGGAUUUCGUGAGCGAUGCGCAACCCUCACCACUGUACUUAAUCACAUGCUGAAAUCCAUUGAACUUGAUCCUACUGAUGCAACAGUUAUUUAUAUGGUGGGCAUGUGGUAUUAUUCAAUUACUGAUUUGGCAUGGUAUCAAAGAAGUGUCCUUCAAGCGAUUGCUGGAAAACUCCCAGCAGUUUCAUACGAAGAGGCACUUACUUAUUUCAAGAGAGCUGAAGAAAUAUCACCGAAUUUCUACAGUCUGAAUCUGCUGAUGCUUGGGAAGUGUUACCACAAACUUGGGGAUCUUGAUUCAGCCAUUGCUUACUUACGAAGAGCCAUAAAUUAUCCCAAGUUCACUGAUGAUGAUCAUAAGGCCCAUCAAGAAGCCUCUGAGCUGCUGAAGAAACUUAAAGCAUGAAAGAACAAGAGAGCCAGUGCACAUCAUUCCAAGAAUCUAAAAGAUUUAUUUUUCGUCUUAAAAAUUCUAUUCUAAAAUCAAACUUAAUUUUGUGAUUACAAUCUUCUCUUGAAGAUUUAUUGUUCUAUGUAUUAAAUAUUAGUAUAAGUGUUUUAUAUUCUUUUCUUAAACCGUUGAAGUAUUUAUUUUUCAUUAUUGUACUUUUUAAAAAUUACAAACACUGCAAUAAAUAUUUUUGCCUUACCGACGGAAA